AUGACGGCAGCGACAAGAUUUGUGCUGUUGAUUUUUGCUGUUGAUGAAGUUGGUCAGUACUGCGGUUGUAUUAGCAUUCCAGUCGUAUAGAAGAAGGGCUGAAGCAGAUUUAUUUUGAAGAAUAGCAGGAUUUUAUGUGAAGCUCUCUGAUAAAGUUAUCAUAAUAUAUCGAAGUUUGGGCGGGCAUUCUACACACGAUCUGAAACACUUUUGCUGUUAUUCCACGUGUUGUUUGGACAAGGCUUCUCAUUGAAUACGUUUGGAGGCUGACCUCAAGACUCUUCUUUCACCUUUUAUUUUUUCAAUAAAAUUGAUAAACUAAGGCAUUCUUAAUGAAGUUGCAGUCAGUAUUUGGUUCUUUAAUUGUUACAGUGCUACCUUACAUUUUAUAUAAUUUAUUUGUUUAGGUAUUUAAACAUUGUAAACUGUCUCAGGUACCUUGGAAGAAGGGGGUGGAGAGUAACAAAAUAACACUUGAUAACACUUGUGGAGGGUUUGUGUAUUAGUCACACACUACCAUGACUUGGAGAUGGGUCUGGGUUGUGCAAGUAAGCAUAGUUAGCAGAAUGCAGUUAGAUUUGCAAACCAGAAGGGAAGGCGGCACUAAGACACAGGAAGUGGAGGAGGCCUUCAGCCUCAUCAAGCAUUGGGCAGGAGAAGGCCUAGUAAACCCAUCCCUGUCCUUUGGUUUCAUUGUGCUGAUGGAGGCUUGAAUGUGUAAAGUUGUGGGGUGGAAGGCACACACAUCUCCCCAGAAACCAGUAGGCCAAGCCCUGCCCUUUCAUCACAGAGGUGAUGGAAAUGGCUAUAACAGUAGAACUAUGUUUCCUUUUCCCUCCACUUUAGGCUCCUCAAUAAGCAUUUCACACCUUACCUGUCUCUCUUGAAAGGUGUACACCUAGUCUUUCUUAAAUGUGGGUUUGACAAGACAUUCAUAUUCUCAAUGUAAUUAACUAUUCUGAACUAUUUUGUCAAGCAGAGGUAAGGAAGCAUUGUCACCAGUUUCCAAGUUCGAGAAUGUGGUACUAGUGGCAUGUUCAUAAAAUGUUACGUUCAUUCUUUUAAACCACUUAAUGGCAGCAGACCUCCAAAUGCCAGUUUCUGGGGGAGAAACUGAGAGAGGCCUAUUGCCUGCUUUUGUGCUUUCCAGGUGCAUCUAGUUGGCCACUGAAGGGAAAGGGAUUCUAAACUAAAUGGGCCUUUGGUCUGAUCCUUAAGUUCUUAAGCAUUUUCACAUCAGAUGUUGCAAUUCUGUAUCUUCAAUUGAUAGAAUCUUGCCUACCUUCACCAGUUUUUUUCUGCACCAACCCUAAAGUGCUUAAUUACUGUGAUUUCCAAAAUAGUGCUUUAAGGACAAACACAAUAGGUUUAUUGGGGCGUGGGGAUCCUUCAAGAGCAACAUGCUGCUCCUUCAAGAGCUUUGUACCUGUGGAGGUUAUUUCACAGAUCAUAAUUUGGAACUGGUGCAAGGAAGUAGCUAUGACUGCCAUUCCACACAUACUUACUUGGGAGUAAGUCCCAUUGUAUUGGAUGCGGUUUACCUCUGUAUAAACCUGCAGCAGAUUGAACUGAAAAGUUGUGUGAACUGUGAUUAUGGAAGUUGUAAGGACUACCAAGGUUGAGUUAACUGAACUAAAUUUAUUUAUUUACAGUGGUGCCUCGCAAGACGAAAUUAAUUCGUUCUGCGAGUUUUUUUGUCUUGCGAAUUUUUCGUCUUGCGAAGCACGGUUUCCCAUAGGAAUGCACUGAAAAUCAAUUAAUGCGUUCAUAUGGUCAAAAAAAGUCCAAACCAAGCCAAAUUUGGUACAAAAAGAGUUUAUUAAGUGCUCGCUCUUUAAAGUCACACAUACUGUUCUUGGGCUCCAUGGCAGCACAGCUCCUACCUUCGCAAACCCAAAAAACCCCCAAAAAACAGUGCUUCACAUCCAAAAAUUCAAAAGCACCAAACCUCCCAGAAAACACACAAGCUUCCAGAUUCUUGCAAACCCCUCCCCAACACCAAAUCCUUGAAUUCCAAACACCCCAACCCCAAAUCCAAAAACCCCCAAAAAAGUUUUAAAAGUUUAACUUACCAAAUGGCUGCAAAAGAAGUUUUGGAAAAGCUUCAAAAAUCACCAAAGUCUUCAAAAACCUCAAAAAAGGCUACCACACCACAUGCUAUGAGUUGCUCCUCGAAGUCAAGUCGCAACUGCACCUCUUCAAGCAAUGCACCCUGGGUAUUAACGGUUUUAAGAAAAAGGAAACAAACUUGCAAGACGUUUUCGUUUUUCAUCUUGCGAAGCAAGCCCAUAGGGAAAUUCGUCUUGUGAAGCAACUCAAAAAAACGAAAAACUCUUUCGUCUUGCGAGGCAUUCGUCUUGCGAGGUACCACUGUAUUGCAUUUAUAUCACACCUUUUCCCCCAAGGAGCUUAAGGUGCUAUACAUGGUUCUUGUCAUUUAAUCACAACAACCCUGUGAGGUUGAGAACCCAAGGUCGGCCAGUGAGCUUCAUGACUGAGUGGAGUUUUGAACCAUGGUCUUCCAGGUCCUUGUCCAGAACUCAAACCACUACAGUACACUGGCUGAAUGUGAACAUUCUGAUUUACAGAUCUUAAUGCAUACAGUUCAAAGCCCUUCAACUUAUUUUUGUAGCAGACUCGAUCAUACAUGCUUCUCUAGGAGUAAAUCUGAAUGAACACAGGAGAAUUCAGUUCUAAGUAAUGUGGCAGCAUGGCUGUGAUCACAAACAUAUUUAUUUGGGCAUAAAACCCAGCGAGACUUCUGAAAAAACAUGCCACAUGUUUGUUAUGGCUUUUUUUCCUCCUUAACAUUUAAGAAUGUGAUGUAACUUAAUAAAAACAUUACAACAGAACAUUUUACAGGAUUUAAUAGUUUGAAACAGGACUUCCUCUCCAUUUCCCCAUCUUCAUCAUGAGAUUAAUAGUGUCAGCUGACCUUACGAGGCUGUCAUAAGGAUUCAAGAUAGAAUGCAUGUAGAGUGCUUUGAACUAAGUGAUACUUAAAUCACUCCUAUUUUUAUCAUCAAACACAGACACCAAGGUUUCCUAUGUUGAGAGAAAGCUUAAAUCUUCACAGAUUUUCACAUCUAGGCAGAUGUGCAUCAACCAGAAGUCUCUUCCAUUUUCUGUGGAGAUCAUAUUUUGUCCACUGAAACACCGUAACUGCAGAGUUUGGAACUACAUUCCCCAAGAUGCACUGGGACUUGUGGCCCAGAAAGUGACCUUUGAAAGGAAAAGUAGGUAGUGCACUGUACCUUCCUGGCUAUAGCUGGCGAGGGCAGACUCAGCUGGCUAGACUGGGAAGCAUGCCUGUGACUGUGCAGCUUCAGAGUCCCCAGAGGAGAUAGCAGCAUGCAGAACCCCCUCUCCUCUUCCCCUGGAGGCUCACGCUCUUCCCUUUCUGCUUAGACAUCACCGGCAAGGCAGCUGCAGAAGCAGACACUCACUGGCGCUUUCCACUCCUCCGCAGGCUGUUCCUGUCAAAGCUGUAAGUAUCCUUUGUGUGCUGCUAGACCAAACAGGAAGGCACAUACAGGGGCUGGGCCUGUGGAUUUCUUUCUUCAGCCUUGCAUAUAUUCCACGUUAUUUGAGCAACAUAAAUGGCCCGCUGUGGAAUCGGGGAAACUGAAAUUCUUCCAAACUGGAUUUUGUACAAAUCCGUCUGCUGUACUACCAAAGCCAACGACGAUAAGGUUCCUCAGGAAACCAGGAGCAAAGAAACCAGAGUGGUUUGGGAUCACACUGUGCUCCCUAGGAGAUUCUUCUCCAACAGAGAGAGAGAGAGCCCAGGAGGAAAUGUAGCAAAAGUAAAAGUCAGGGACAUUUCUUGAGAAGGGCUGGCUAUGUCCCCACUACUUAAAUUGUGUGCUGGUGCUCUCAGGGUGGCUUAGAAGUUGUACAAAAGCAUAAAUAAUUAUUUGAUUUAGAGCAAUGUGCUGGACUGAAUGUCUGUCUGCAGAACAAUUAACUCUACCAAGUAGCAGCAGGUCAAACUUGUGGCCUUGUGUGCCUCCUCAUCCUAGAGCAAAAGGCUGUAAUACUGAUAUCAAAAUGCCUAUGUUACACUUUACAGCUGCAAAAGCACUUUAUAACCAUUAUCAUGCUGAUACCUUUUAUUGCUAUAAAUGGCCAUUAUUGUCAUUGCAUAGGGAAACGACUGAGCCUGAAAGAAGAGUAGCUUGUCCAAGUCCACACACUCAGUCUGUACUCUGUAGCAGUGUGAGAAACUCUGAUAUAUAUGCUCAGCACCAAAUGGCUCCUUAAACCAGGGUUACAGUUGCCAAAACGGAAUGCCUAGUUGCCAUUUUGGGACCAGGCGGCUCAAAAGUUGUAUUUUUCAUUACAGUGGUACCUCAGGUUACACACACUUCAGGUUACAGAUUCCGCUAACCCAGAAAUAGUGCUUCAGGUUAAGAACUUUGCUUCAGGAUGAGAACAGAAAUCGUGCUCCGGCGGUGCAGUGGCAGCGGGAGGCCCCAUUAGCUAAAGUGGUGCUUCAGGUUACGAACAGUUUCAGGUUAAGAACGGACCUCCGGAACGAAUUAAGUACUUAACCUGAGGUAUCACUGUACGACUUUUUGGUUCCUGUAAUUCAUUCCAAUUGUGCAGAUAAAAUAUCAUGGAUCGAAUUCUACAGGAUGUGUUGCCAGUGUGUGAAAACAAACCAGGUCCAAGGAUCCCCAGGCAUGCACCUCCAGAUGGUGAAGACAUCAGGCUCCAUCCUGGCCCCUGGGUAUCUUCACUUGAUCGCAAGUGACCUAUAGCCAGGUGCAAAAUGCACCUGGCAGAUUUCGAACGCUGCUCUGUAGCAAUGGUAAGAACAGAACUCAGGUCUGCCAGGUCUUUGUGGGUGUAUGGCAGCUCUCCCAGGAAAAAGUAAAGCCAGUGUGGUGUAGUUGGAGUGUCAGACUAGAACCAGGGAGGUCCAGUUUAAACCACAAACUCACUGGGUUUGUGAGUUCAGCCACAGUCAACCACAUACUCACUGGGUGACCUUGGGCCAGUCACCAUCUCUCAGCUUAACCAACCUCCCAGGGUAGUGAUGAGGAUUAAAGAGGAGAGAAUAUCAUGUGUGCUGCACUGAGAACCUUGGGAGGCAAAAUGGAAUAAAAUUGGGUGUGUGUCUUAGCUUGCCCAGGUUGAUAACAAAAUCUGGAUGGAUGGGCAGGUUCUCACCACCACCCCAAGUCUGGCCAGUUGGGGACCAUUUACUUUGUGCUACAUAAGACAGUGAGUUUCUUUUAUGUGAAGAGAAAAAGUUUGAUGCAGCUGGGGAUACAAUUUGGGGUGACCCAAACGUCUUGGAAUAGAGACAGGGAUUGUUUCCUCUCAUUUCUGUCCUGUUGAAAUAAACAUUUUGGUAAUUUCUAAAUAAGGAGUUAGUUGGCCUGAUAAAAUGUUAGGGCUUGAUUAAUUACAGUUUAUAGAAUCUCAAACUUGCAAGCUCUUCAAGGUUGUUAAGGAAUAAUCAUAAGCUACAAUUAUCUUAAUUAGUGGUCUCCUGAAGAUACUUCAGCUCAUCAGUAAAUUUUAUUGUUUGGUUGUAUGUUUUUAUAUUGUAAAUUGCUGUGAUCUUUAUGUGUAUCUUUAUGAUACAGUGGUAUAUAAAUAUUUUUAUUAAUAAAUAAAUUAAGCUGCAGGCCGUCCAAAACCACCCUCUGAAGGGUGUGUCGUGGGACCUAAUUGCAGAAUGUAGGUAAAACACACCUAGGGACAUUGGAGGAAUUCCUAGCUCCUGGUAUCUCUUCACUAUGCUUCUUGCAAAUCAUCCAGUUAUUGUAUGGAAUAAUACUUCCUCUCUAAAAAGAGACAAACAUCUGUCAUAUGAUUUAUCUGAUAGACCAGAGGGGAACCUCUGACCUCUAGAUGAUGUUGCACUCCAUCUCCCAACAGCCAUCGCUAGCAUGGUUAAUAGCCAGGGUUGAUGGGAGUCCCUGGUUCUGCUUUUUCUUUUCUUUUCUUUUUUUGUAAGAAUGGAGUUCUCUUGUCUAAUACAGGAAUAGGGAACCAGAUGUUGCUAACCUAUGUCUUGUUCCCUAUUCCUGUGUUAAACCACAAAAGCCCAAUUUCUAACAAAAAAUGCAGAACCUGUGACUUUUCCACCGUACUAAUACAUGCAGAUUAAGUAUGUAUUCUGAACCAAACACCUAUUAAAUAGUUGCUCUUUUCAUUUGCUGAAUUUUGUGUUGCUCUGUUUUGCCAAUAAUUUUUUUAAUGUAGCUACAGUGGUACCUCGGGUUACAUACGUUUCAGGGUACAUACAUUUCAGGUUACACACUCUGCUAACCCACAAAUAGUGCUUCAGGUUAAGAACUUUGCUUCAGGAUAAGAACAGAAAUUGGACUCUGGCGGCGUGGCAGCAGCAGGAGGCCCCAUUAGCUAAAGUGGUGCUUCAGGUUAAGAACAGUUUCAGGUUAAGAACGGACCUCCGGAACGAAUUAAGUAUGUAACCAGAGGUACCACUGUAUUUGUUUUUAAUAUAUAUUGUGUAUAUUAUUUUAUCUUUCUCUGUAUGUCAUUUAAUAUAUUAAACCUUGAUAGAUUUUAGUAAAAUUCAUGCUUAAAUUUUCAUUGUAUUUUACUCAAAUUCUUUAAUAUGUUAUCUUUCAUUAAAGCCUAUUAGUAUUUAAGCUAGUUGUAUUUUGGUUUUUGUUGUUUAGCAGGGUUUCCUCGGGCCAAGCAUCAUUUCAAAGCGUACAGCUGGCUAUGCGCCAUUGGUUUUCAGACCUAGAAUUCUGAAACAGCAUGCAGUCCAAACCUUUGCAUGUUUAUUCAGAAGUAGAUUCUGCUGAAAUCGCUGGGUCUUACUUCCAAAUAUAUGCAUAGGAUUGCACAAAUUUGUGCUGAAAAUUUACAUUGCUACACAAGGGGGGAAAACAAACCAGUCACAAAAGCAGGUGGGGUAAUGGCUCAAGUCAGUUAACUAUUGUUCCAGGAAGAUGGACGAGAGAGCAGGAGAAAGGGACAAGGUGGUAAGGAAACAGACCAGCUUAACUCAUACCAACAGUCAAGUACAAAGCUAGCUCUGGAUUUCCAUUUCUACCUAUUUUUUAAUCUUGUUUAGUGGGAAUUUCCCCCCUCUUUUAAAAGCAAUGCAGUUGAAAUUAAAUUCAGUUCAGCACUGAUCUAUAAUAACUUUAUUUAUUUUGUUAACCACUUGCAGAUCCUGUGCACCUUGACUCAGAAAUAAUUUCCACUGUGUUCAUUGGAAUUAACACCCAGAAAAAGUGUGUCAGAUGGUAGCAUGAGUUCAUUCAAGCUGUAAUCCUAUAAUAAUAAUAAUUUAUUAUUUAUACCCCGUCCAUCUGGCUGGGUUUCCCCACCCAAUCCUAUACUUGCUUACCUAGGAGUAAGAACUAUUGAACUCUGUAUCACUUAUCUCAGAGUACAUAGGUUAAGGUUGCACUGUAACAAGUUAGCUCAGCACAUCCCAAAGUCUUGUGGUAGAUGACAGUAAUUGAAAAUAAGUACCGGUAACUACAAAGGACCUAUGUUAAAAUAAAAUAAACACCCUGCUGCCAACCAACUUAACAUAAACACUCAUCUUCAUACAUGGCACUUAUUUUACAUCGUCAGAAGGUGAAAAUUCCCCAGUGUGUAGAAUUCUUCAACAUGCUAUGGAUAGCAAGGUAUCUGGGAUGGAACGAAAAAGGGUGUUCAGUGCUACCGGCUCUUACCAUUUAAUUUAUUUCAUUAUGUGCCUAGAUGUUUGAAGACUAAAAGCAUGCAGCUUGUAACCAAUUCUGCUUUAACUGAAAUAAUCAGAAUGUCUUUCCCACUCUGUGUGCGCUGUCAAAAGUUUGAAAAUAUGGAAGUCGUGUGCUUUAAUAGCCGUGAAACCUAAAGGCAAAUGAAAGAACCCACUUUCAUUUGCUUUUCAGUCUUUUUGUGAUUUGUCCACCUAAUCUCAUAAGGAUUUGACUCCUCCGUUAUCAUUUGAUUUUAACAACCACAGGCAAACACCGAUGGGACAUGGUUGACAUUUAACCAAUCAAUAUGAAAAAGACACAUUUUUAUUGAGCCGGUGUUAACAUGAGGAGUCUCUUGCAGAAGCAGACUGUUCAUUAGGGAGGAGAGAUAUAUCGCUGAGUACAUUACCGAACCCUCCUGCGCUUCACCGUUUCAAAUAGAAACAUUAUUCUGUACAUAUGAUACUUUAAUUGUCCUGUGAAUAAGGACCACUGCCCCUGCUUCCUGUUCGAUUGCUACACAUUGCAGGAAAAGACUGACCAUUUUACUGUGGGAUCAACAGAUCUAGCCAUCCCUACCAAACAUUUGAAUCAUGUGGUAUUAGUGCCGUUGCUGUUGAAACACCUGUCCCCACUGCUUGCUGGCCAGAGCCAUACUUCCAGGUCUUGAGAGCAUUGUUGAGUUCAAAUAUCUGCUUAGCCAUGGAUUCAGAGGGUGGUUUUUGGGCAAGCCGCUGUAUCUUAGCCUCCCUUCUCCAUUUGUAAAGUGAAAAUGAUAGUAACUUUUCUCAUAGGGAGGUGUUGAGAAAAAACAAACGCUGCACUACGCAGUUAGAAAAUGCUCACUCUAUAUGGGAUAAAUAUGGCGUAAUUAGACCUGAAGCAUUUCCAGGCUGACUUCCUGCUUCAUAUAAAUCCGAUGCUAUGGAGGUGCUCCAGUGCACUUGUUUUGUCACUCAGGUUAGGUAACUGCAUAAGAUCUGCACUGCUUUGGGGAAUAAAAGCUAGCAGGUCUUUUUUUGUUUGCUUGUUUGCAGGUCCCCACAAGCUUCCAAGGGAUGGCUGCUGAUGUUCACAAGAAGGAUGGAGAUGUGCCCAAUGGCUCAUUGGUCCCAUGCGACAGAAAGCAGGCUGAGAGGUCAGAGAGUCCUACCCCAGGUCUCACGCAGGGAACAGAACCAGGUAGGUGUGGGCAGAGCAAUUCAGGGGGGGCUGGGGAGGGUGAAGCAAAGGAAGAGGGACCACCCAAUCCAAUCUUUGCCAGGCAGUUGGGGCUGUUCUCUGUUCCACUCCCCUUUAUUUGGGGGGCCAGCGUUUUAGAGCUUUCCCCUACCACGACAUCUGUUUUUGUCAGUUCCACAGUUGGCACACUUACAGCGGAGUGGCAAUGCAAAAGGGUGCUGUGUUUAAUCUACAAUUUUCUUUGUGCACCGCUUAUACUGUGUUCCCCCUGGUAUUUCCUAUGCACUCACUGCCUUUGCAGUACUGGGUUUUUAAUCUGUGUUCACAUGAAAUUAUCCAAAUGCAUGUUAUCCUGUACUUGGUUAUAAAAUACUACUCUUCGAUGCAUUGUUUCUCAAGCUUCACACCUCUUGCGAAUACCUAUUCCGCUCCCUGGUGUGAACAGAAACAAAUUGACACUAAGGAAGCUGUGCUGAUGUGAACAGCUAGGGAGGCAAGAGGUGUGAAAUGCACCAGGGGAAAAAUCAACAUCACUAUGCUCUAAUCUAAGGGAUGGGUAGGCAAACUAAGACCUGGGGGCUGGAUCCGGCCCAAUCGCCUUCUAAAUCCGGCCUGCAGAUGGUCCGGGAAUCAGUGUGUUUUUACAUGAGUAGAAUGUGUCCUUUUAUUUAAAAUGUACAUCUGGGAUAUUUGUGGGGCAUAGGAAUUCGUUCAUUUCCCCCCACCCCAGAAAAAUAUAGUCUGCCCCCCCACAAGGUCUGAGGGGCCACGGCUGAAAAUGUUUGCUGACCCCUGUAGUCUAAGGGGGUAAUGGGAACACACCCUUAGAGACCUCUUUGAUUAAGUGGUUUAUAAGUCUCCUACUUUUUAAGCUGAGCCGGAAUUUGGUUUAAAAUUGGAAAUUCGUAUUCAAAUCUAUUUUCAAUCAAGUAUACAUCAUAUACACAAAAACAUUUUUUCUGUGAUUUGGGCUCUUCACUGCCUGCUGAUCUCUCCACCCCACUUCCCAAAAUUGUUAUGAACUUAUAGUCAGGCACCAUUAUCUGAUCAACUCUGUGGACUGACAAAAAAAAAUCUCCAGCCAACAGCGCUCAUCUGAGGCUGGCAUAAACACAGACUGUGUCAUACUGACAAAACCAGAAGCUGUUGACCUGUUCCUUAGGCAUAUUCCCUUGAUCAAAACAAGGAGAGGACACAAAACAGAGCUAACUAAAUUCUGCACUGCUGGAAAGCAAGAGGUAAUCCAGAACAGUUGUUGUCAUUCAUCUGUCUUGAGAGAAGAGGCACCACUGGGGGUAAAGUGAAACCGUUGUUGAGUUACAGUUCCUACAGUGACUGUGGAGACCGAUAUGGGAGAGACAUGUUUUGUUGCAGCUGGGACAGAUGAAAGCAUCUGGUUUUGCUGUUACAGAUGCACCAAGGUGUUUCUUCUGUCUGCACAGAACAGGAUAUAGACCAAUAGACCUGUUGCAGGUUCAACAUGGCUGUAUGGUGAGAAUAAACCUGUCUGAGGUCAGCUUUGUAAUCAACAAGUAGCCAAUCCCAAACAUGCUUACUUCGUAAUGUAAAUUCCACUUAUUGAUGGGACUUACUCCAAGAAAGUGCUCCUAGGAGUACAUCUUUAACCUGCAUGUACUUUUCAGCUGCUUGUGGAGAAUUGUUUUCUCAUUUCUUUCUUUGUAAAACUACUACAAAAGGCUCAGUGAAGCAGUUCCUUUGUGAUAGAUAGUGAAUGUACCUAAAGAAUGCACAUGCUCUGCUUUAGUAUGGAAGAUAAUGAAUAUCAGAUACUUAGAUGGGAGUCAAAGGGUUUCGGGUACAAGGACCUCAAUUUCCUGCUAUCCCGCAGUGCAGUUACCACAUCAAAAUGUUAAAAUGAAAGGCCCUGUGUGUUCUAAAGAAAGCUAUAGAAUUGGAGUGCUUUCUAAGGAGGAGCAUUCAUUAUGGAUUAGGAAGCAUGCAUGCUAUUUAACCAAAGAAUAUUUCCUUACAGCAUGGCACAACCAUUGCAAUCUGCGGUUUUCAGCUUGUAACCCACUAGAUGAGGAGCACAGGAACAAAAACUCUGGCAUAAGGUUAAGUAAAAUGUUGGGAGAUUUUUGCCAUCAUAUGUGUCUUGUGGGCAUUUAUGAGUUUUCCUACUCACUCUUUGAUGAUGCCAUUGUCGUAGCUUUUUAUCUGCUCCUUCCAGGGAGUAACUCAGUAUUUGUUCUGGCAUUGUUUACAAGGGGCAGGCCAGGAGGGAGCCAUGUUUGUUCAUGCCAAGUCCUAUGAAGACCUGACCAGCACCGAGAAUCAGGAUGCGACUCCCCAGAGCCCGGAGGAAAGCGAAGAGCUCCAAGGUGAGCAGGCAAAGAUGGAGGAGAUCAGCAAGGAUUUCAGUGAACUGAGCACCCAGCUUACUGGCAUAGCCCUGGAUUUGGAGGAAGAGAUAAGGCACAGCAAAGAAGACAAGUUGGAACUCUCGCCACAGGCCUCGCGCCGAGACUCUGUGCUGUCUGGGAAGGAGGAGGAAGACGUGGCCAUGGAUGCCUGGCGCAUGCACCAGAAGCAUGUCUUUGUUCUGAGUGAGGCAGGCAAGCCGGUGUAUUCCCGCUAUGGGUCUGAAGAGGCACUGUCCAGCACCAUGGGGGUGAUGAUGGCUCUGGUGUCCUUCCUUGAAGCACAGAAGAAUUCCAUCAGGUCUAUUCAUGCAGGUACUUAGGAGUCACACUGACAGGGUUUCUUCCCAAGAGACCGCUAUCUUACCAUUUUCCAUUUGGCCUCCCAAUUGGAUAAGAACCUGAGAAACAGGAGCAAGGAGUGCGGAUGAUCUUUCCCCAGGAUAGCCCCCUGCCAGAGUGGCAUGGGGACAUGUUUUAAUUAUGCUCCUUUCUAACCCAGCAGCUUUAGGAAAUAUUAGAUGUCAUCGAAUAUCCAAUUGACAGUCCCAACUUGUACACAGAAUAAUCAGAAGAGAACAAUAUGCCCUUUUCACAUUCCGUUUAGAAAAUGCUUCAAAACUAAGCCAGAGAAGGAAGCUAUAGAUUUCUUUGAAAGGCACGUCCCAAGCCAAAGUGUAGUAAAAAUGAUUAUCUAAAUCAAUGUUUGGUCAAGAAAGCCUUUCCAGACUGCUAGCUAUAGAUGUUGAUAACCAUGUUGACAGUGCUGCAGUCUCUGGGAUGGGAAUCUACAUGUAGAUACCAGUCAAAGGCAAUAUUCUAUAAGUAAAGGUAAAGGGACCCCUGACUAUUAGGUCCAGUCAUGGAUGACUUUGGGGUUGCACUGCUCCUCUCACUUUACUGGCCGAGGGAGCCGGCGUUUGUCCGCAGACAGCUUCCAGGUCAUGUGGCCAGCAUGACUAAGCCGCUUCUGGUGAACCAGAGCAGCACACAGAAACGCUGUUUACCUUCCCGCUGGAGCAGUACCUAUUUAUCUACUUGCAUUUGACGUGCUUUCGUUUUUGUUUUUUUAAAUAAUAUUUAUUGCUUUUAAUAGUUACAAAAAAGUAGAAAAGAGAAAAAAGAAAAAAGAAAGAGAAAAACAAUGCAAUAUAUAAACAAUACAAACCCACCCUAAACCCAUUGAACUAAACACAUGAACAAAGCAAGACGAAAACAAUUUAAAAACAUCCCUCCUUUUCCAUACUCUGUCCUUCAUUCCCUUGUUUCUUCGACUUCCUCACACCUCCCUUCUUGUAUCCCGCUUCUAGUACUUGUUUCAGCAAAUCCUUUCCAUCUUUCUCUAUUUUCUGUCAUAUUAUAAAUAACAUAUUCUUUAACCUUAUUUCCCAUUAACGGUUGAUUAUUUAUAUACACCCAACUUCUUAUAGCAUUUCUGCUAGAUCCAUAAAAUAUCAUUUCUGCUAGAUCCAUAAAAUAGCAUUUGACGUGCUUUCGGACUGCUGGGUUGGCAGGAACAGGGACUGAGCAACGGUAGCUCACCCCGUCACAGGGAUUCGAACUGCUGACCCUCUGAUCAGCAAGCCCUAGGCUCAGUGGUUUAGACCACAGUGCCACCCGUGUCCCUAUCCUAUAAGUAUGCUUCCUUAAAUCCUGACAAUCACUGCCCUAAUCAUUAGCAAUUAACUUAGAUGCUAUCCCUGCCUUCUUUCAUUGUUUUCUUACCCCUAAUUCUCAUUGAGCAGGGAAACCCACGCUUGGACCAUAUCAUUUUAAAUUGCUGAUGGGGAUCACAAAAAAUUCAUGCAUGUUAAAUACACACGCUCACACACGCACACACACACACACCAGAGAGAACCAUGACAUCUAGGGUUUUUCUUUUACGUAUAGGAACUUUUUUCAGUAGAGUAGCUGUCAGUCACACGAACCCUCACCUGCAAUCUGAAGUAGUAGAGCUUAGAUACAAAUUGACCAACCUGGUGAGAAGUAGAUAUUUAAGAAUGGGAAGUCACUCUAUGAAGUUAAAAUCUGACCCCCUGGUAAAGAUGGUUUCCUUAUGCCAUAGCAAGGCAACCUUGCUAACUGCAUACACGAUAGAGUUCUGUAUUUCCUAUUCUUUGUUAGGUUUUAAACACUGGGUUUCCAGGAGAGUGUAGGCUUUUUAUCACACUGUUGCAAGGAAAUUUGCUUUGUAAGAAAACUGAUUUUCUUCCCACCAUCUAUAAUAACGUUAGGGAACUAGGUCUGGCCAAUGGGCUGGAGUCUUCCUUGCCCCACUUGACAUGGGCCAACUUUGAUAGGCGGCUGGGACUUCUCACCUGUCAAUCAUCUGACAUCAUUAUGGCAUCAGGUGACAACUUGAAAGGGGCUUGCUGCAGACUGUGGUAUAGGUGGGAGUGGCUUGUGGAAAACAGACUCCAAGACCAAAUGCAGGCCAGGGAUUCCCCCACAAGUGAUCUAUGGAUUCAGAGGAGUUGCCUCAAAAGAACCAUAGCUGCUUUGUGUUCAGGACUUCCCACUGUGCUCUAAAGAAACUGAUGUGCUUCUUCUCGCUUUCUCCCUCCCCAUCCUUGCCUUCUUGGCAGAUGGGUACAAGGUGGUGUUUGUGCGCAGGAGCCCCCUGGUGCUGGUGGCUGUGGCUCAGACACGGCAGUCAGAACAAGAAAUUGCUCAGGAGCUUCUUUAUAUCUACUACCAGAUCCUUAGUCUCUUGACGUGGACCCAGCUCAGCCGUAUCUUCCAGCAGAAGCAGAACUAUGACCUGAGGAGACUGCUGGCAGGCUCCGAGCGCAUCACGGACAACUUGCUAGACCUGAUGGCGAGGGACCCGAGCUUUCUGAUGGGGGCUGCACGUUGCCUCCCUAUGGCUGCUGGAGUCAGGGAUGCCGUGAGCUCCUGCCUCCAGCAAGCCAAAGCUAAAAGCCUGGUCUUCUCCAUCCUCUUAUCCAAGAACCAGCUGGUAUCUCUGGUGAGAAAAAAGGACCAGUUCCUGCAUCCGAUUGACCUUCACCUACUCUUCAACCUCAUCAGUUCAUCCUCCUCAUUUAGAGAAGGAGAAGCCUGGACUCCCAUCUGCCUGCCCAAGUUCAACUCCAGCGGUUUCUUCCAUGCUCACAUUUCCUACUUGGCGCAGGACACGGAUUUGUGUCUCCUUCUGAUCUCCACUGACCGUGAGGACUUCUUCACAGCGUCUGACUGCAAGCGCAGGUUCCAGGAACGGCUGAAGAAGCGCGGUGUUUAUCAUGCCCUUGUGGAGGCGCUGUGCACUCCUUUCUACACUGUCUCCCAGGUGGGAAUCCCAGACCUCCGACACUUCAUCUACAAAUCGAAGAGCUCAGGACUCUUCACCAGGUGAGAAUCUGUUCUGGGCCGCAUCUUUCUUUCAGUUCAUAAAUAUUAUCUGAUGCUUUGCUAAGUGGCAAGGGUGGGUGGGAUUUAUCUAUUAAUUUAAAAGCAUUUCUAAAUGACUUAAGUGUUAAAAGAUAUCUAAGUGGUAUAUGAAAUGCAACAUAGAAACAAUAGGGCAGAAUCGUAAAAACAGUUGUAGGCAAUGUUAGUCAUUCACAGAGUAGACCCAUUGAAAUUAAUGGACAGACUAACUCAAAGUUACUCAAAGAUACAACCCAGAGAUACAGAAUAAAAAAAUCCCCAGUAUUAUAAAAACAGGAAUUCAGCACAGGGCCCGAUUUUAUGGGUCAGGGAAAGUGCCUAUUUUGUAUUGUUUUAAUUUUGCUUUAAAUAUACUUGCUGUUUGGGAGGGUUUGCUGGUUUUGUGCCUUAGAGAUGAUUGUGUAGAAGGUGAUCAAAAAAAUUAAUGAUUAUGAUAAUAAUAAUAUUCAAGGGCAGGUGGUCUUUCAGGUAACCUUGUUCUGAUUGGUCCACCCUUCUCUGUGGCACAGUAGUCAAUACCAGUCAGGAUGGCCUCCAUGUUUAGCUUUGGGGCACCAAGCUACUGCAGAGCUCAUAGGAUGCAUAACAUAUCGCUGCGACACUUCAUGGCUUACUGGUUUUACCUCUAGAAUCAAAAGUGAGUCCAGACUUUGAACUGCAAGAAUUCUGUUUCAGUGACAGCUCAUCUGAUAACCAGGAAUGCAUUUAGCUAGUUCCUUAGCACUGGCUUUUGCCCCAGAUCUUUUUCUUUCUGAACUUGUUUCUGAAUUUCUGAAUAGUUUUCCUUUUGUCCUAUGAAAAGAAGCUAUUCUGCUGUAGUCCAUUUUCAUUUCCAUUCAUGACGAGAGGUUUAACCAAGGGGAAAUUUCUUUUUCCAGCCCAGAGAUUGAUGCUCCCUACAUCACUGAAGAGGAAAAAGAGAGACUUCUGGGAUUGUAUCAGUACUUACACAGCCGGGCCCAUAAUUCUUCCCGUCCUUUGAGCUACAUCUAUUACACUGGAUCUAAUGAAAAUCUCCUGGCUUGGGUAAGUUACACCUCAGCAGCAGUUGCUAGAAAAAUCACAGUAAAAGCAAAACUUGGGGCUGUAACCGGAUGCACUAGCUUAUUAUCUGGGUUCACCAAUUUAGAAUUACAAGAUCAGAAAUGGAUGCUAGCUUGUAUUGCAACAAAUGCUUUGUUUUUUGUACAUUUGCUCUUUGCGGGUGUGUCCUCUGGGUACAUUUCCCAAUGUCCAUUAACUUAAUCUUUAAAAAUUGCAUGGUAAGUGUGGUGGUUAAAAGAGCAUGCAAGGUUUAAAGCAGCAAAUAAUUCUUCAUCAGAUUUCUUCUCAUUUCUUAUUAACAUCCUCUCUCACCAACAACAUCUGAACCAGUGAAAAAUACCAAAACCUCAAUCUUGGCAACCACCACGGCAACAAUUCUUCUUCUAGAGGAGUGGGCUUGCACUGUUGGCAUGUUGUAACGGAGCUUUAACAUUUCCUUUCUUCAGGUAACUUGUGCCUUUGAGCUCUACGUAUGCUUCAGCCCCCUGGGAACCAAAGCAGCAGCUGUCAGCGCUGUCAACAAACUUAUGAGGUGGAUCCGCAAGGAAGAAGACCGGCUCUUUAUAUUAACACCCCAGACUUACUGA